GAUGGAUGACCUUCUCUUAUCUGGCAAGAUGAGAAAGUCUCAGGGGGAAGUGAAUCAAAGUCAAGGUUGCAUGUGAAGAUGUGAUGAUCCCUGGGAGGGUCCAAAGUAUCAGUACCAAAUGUGUGCACGGGCCAUUUGAUCGCAACCCACCCGCGCUCUGCCGCGCGCCGAUAGCAAUUGGCAGUGUUUAGGAAUUUCGAUAGGCGAACUCUUACUUUUCAUCAUUCCAACCACCACAUCGAUUUUGCACAUACCUGCAUCAGAAAUGGCCGUUGCAAACGGAGACUCGGCUGCAUCGGCGGCCGCGGCGCUUGAGAAUCUCAAGCCGCCGCCAGGAGUUAUCAUCCCACCACCGGGUGAGAUCCGCGAAGCGAUCGAGAAGACGGCUGGCUAUGUCAUGCGCGGCGGCCUUGGCCUCGAACAGCGCAUCCGCGAGAACCACGGCAAAAACCCAAAGUUCAGCUUUUUGAUGAAGCAUGACGACCCGUACAACGCCUACUACGAAUGGAGGAAAGAGGAGAUCAAGGCCGGCCGUGGUACCGCGGUGGCGGCUGGUCGCGUCGGAGAGAAUGCUGCGCCAGCGAAGGAAGAGCCAAAGGGGCCUCAGAAGCCUCCCGACUUCCAGUUCUCAGCCCGUAUGCCUCGAAUGAGCCAGAAAGAUUUGGAGAUCGUGCGACUAACUGCCUUGUUCGUCGCAAAGAACGGGCGUCCUUUUAUGACACAGCUUGCGCAGCGUGAGCAUGGCAACCCUCAGUUCCAGUUCCUGGCUCCCAACCACACUUUCCACAACUUCUUCCAGAGCCUCAUCGAUCAGUAUUCAAUUCUCCUACGCGAGAGCGGCGUCAAUGGCGAAGGCACCAAGCUGCACCAAGCCCGUGUUGAAGAACUUCGCCGCAGUGCUACCGACAAAUACCAUGUGCUCGCGCGCGCCAAGCAGAGGGCGGAAUAUGCCAGAUGGGCCGAGGCUGAGAAGGUGAAGAAGGAGGAACAGGAGGAACAAAAGAAGGAGGAGCUUGCGCGGAUCGACUGGAACGACUUUGUCGUGGUUGAGACCAUCACUUUUACCGAAGCCGAUGACCAGGCAUCCCUUCCGCCCCCGACGACUCUCAACGAUCUCCAGUAUGCUUCUUUGGAAGAGAAGAACAAGAUGUCGAUCAGCUCCAGUCUCCGCAUCGAGGAAGCGUUCCCAUUCGAGGACACCAGCUACAACGCUUAUCCUCCGCAGGUAUAUGGCGUGCAGGCCCCGGCCGCAGUGCCGCAACCAACUCACCAAACGCCUGCCUAUCCGGCUGCCAAUACUCCGCCACCUCCAUCGUAUGGCUCAUCUGAACCAGUUGGAGGAUCCAGGUCUGCAGAGGAGGAACAUGAGGUACAGAGAAUUCGAGAAAGAGAGCAAGAAAGGCUACGCAUGCAACAGGCACAGACCGAAGCCCGCGGUGGCGCCGCACCCAUGAAGAUCAAGGAGAAUUACGUUCCACGGGCGGCUCAGAGGGCAGCAAACAAAAUCGGCGCCCAGACGGCCAUGUGCCCCAACUGCAAGCAGCAGAUUCCGCUCAACGAGAUGGAUGAUCAUAUGAGAAUUGAACUCCUCGAUCCACGGUGGAAAGAGCAAAAGGCCAAGGCAGAGGCCCGGUAUGCCACCACCAACCUUAGCACGGUGGACGUGGCCAGCAAUCUCAAGCGCCUGGCCAGUCAACGCAGUGACCUGUUUGACAAUGCCACUGGCCAGGCACUGUCGGAGGAGGAGCAGGCACGGAGAAAGAAGAUUGCACUGCACUCGUUCGACGGCAACCCAGAAACCGCCCACGUGAACCAGAUGCAGAACUUCAACCUUGACGAGCAGAUUCGGGCUAUUCACCAGAAAUUUGCGGACAAAUAG